AACCGGUAAACGAGGAACCCACAGGCGAACCAAGACUUGUAAUCAGGAAUUUGGAGUUGGGGGAUGGGAAGCUCUACGGGAACGGGAAGGAUUUCGAGUCGGGGGCACGAAGAUGGACUAGGAGUCCGGGUGCGUCGCUGCCUUAAGGGGAAGCGACUGCGCUCUACCACAUUUGCCCCAAGGGGAAAAAAUGCGCAAACCAGCAAGGAGGGUGUGGAAGUUCCAGCUGCGCCCGCGCCGCCCCAGGGCGCGCCCGCCCUCACGGGGGGUCGUAGGAGGUCAUGGGAGGGACAGAGCGGAAGAGGCCGCAGCCCCAAGGAGCCGCCGCCGGGGCAGGGCCUGGGCCGGGCCCAGAACCUCAACAUGGCGGCACCGGAGGUCUAUGUCGCGGAGGCCCCUGGGAGCUGUAGUGCGCCCUUGUCGGGCGAGUGACGCACUUCUGGGCUGGGCCGGAAGUUGCGGCCUGCGGUCUUCCGGACCGGGGAUGGGGCGUGGCUGUGCUGACUUGGUGUCACCGCGUUUACCGCGGGGAGCGGGAGGGAGGCUGCUUCAGUCUCCCGAAAGCGAGCGGAAACGUUUGCUUGUGGCUGCAGCCUCCGCCGGAGCGUCUUUCACGCCAAUGGGGAAGCCCAGCCGCCCAGCACUGUUUGAAAAGCUGCUUGAUGGCGGAUUUGAUCUGCAGGUGCUAGCAGUGGGCGGGGAACUGGCGGCGCUUGGGCAGGCCGCCGCUGUUCGCGUCUUUAACGAGUCGGUGGUUCUUUCUCUUUCUCUUUUUCAAUAACACAGCUGCAGUGACGCCAUACCAGUAGCUUCCUGCUUUUUUUUUUUUUUUUUUUUUUCCCCGUGGCAGCAGCUUUUCUGCGCUGGAAGAGUCACACUAAAAUAACGCUUGCACGUGAAUCCACAGUUUCUUGAGCCCUGUUUUAACACCGCCUGUUUUCCAGUUCUGCUCCGUCGUGUGCCCUUGCUCAGCGAUGUGUUGUGCAAGAAGGACCCCCCAGAGUAUCCUACAGCUCCACUGGACCCUCAGUUGGAUCCUCUUCCUGCUGGGAAUCCCCUGAUGAAGAUUGAAGUCGUUGAAGUCCUCACACUGAACCAAGAGGUAGCUCGUCCCCGAAACGCCCAGAUCCGGGCCCUCUAUGCCGAAGAUGAGGGCCUGAGCUCAGAUGUGCUCGGGGAGCCCACUCAACAGCUAGGCAAGCAGCCAGCUGACCCUGAGGUCGCGCGCCAGAGGUUCCGGGGCUUUUGCUUUGAGGAGGUGGCGGGGCCCCGAGAGGCCCUGGCCCGGCUGCGUGAGCUGUGCCGCCAGUGGCUGCAGCCCGAGGUGCACUCCAAGGAGCAGAUGCUGGAGCUGCUGGUGCUGGAGCAGUUCCUGGGCUCACUGCCCAGGAAGCUCCGGAUGUGGGUGGAGUCGCAGCACCCAGAGGACUGCCAGGAGGCAGUGUCCCUGGUGGAGGAUGUAACCUGGAUGUCUGAGGAGGAAACAUUACCCGGCCAGGACACCACCUGCUCUCUCCAGACCACGGCUCCUGAGGAAGAGGAGGAGGAGCAAGUGACUACGUGGCCAGCAAUUGAACCACCUGAGGAACCAGUGACCUUCCUGGAUGUGGCUGUGGACUUCAGCAAGGAAGAGUGGGGGCUGCUGGACCCAACACAGAGGACUGAGUACCAUGAUGUGAUGUUGGAAACCUUUGGACACCUGGUCUCUUUGGGGUGGGAGACUACACUGGAAAGUAAAGCGUUAACUCCGAAGUCUGAUACUCCUGAGAAAGAACCAGCCCAUGACCUGAAACUGGAAGAAUUCUCAAGGGAUGACACCUGGUCCCCUAUGUCAAGAGAUGUCUCACAGGGUGAGGCCCAGGAAGUCUUAGACGCAGCACUGAAGCGGGUAGGGCCAAUUCGGGAAGAAACCCUCCCUCAGAAAAGCUCCUUGUUGCGGGUGAACACUGGCCUUGGCACAAGCCAUAUUUCACUCCAGAAAACUCUCCCUAGAAAACGCUUGCGUAAGCGUGGCUCACGGGUUAAGAAGGUGACACGUAGUCCAGGUGUAAAAAUUCAUCAGAAGGACCGCAAAGGGGAAAAAGCCAGAGAAAACAGUGGUUGUGGGAGAGCCUUCAGCCGGAGCACUCAGCAGAUCACAUUCACAAGAAUCCACAAAGGGAGCCAAGUCUGCCGAUGCAGCGAAUGUGGCAAAACGUUCCGGAACCCAAGAUAUUUCUCUGUACAUAAAAAAAUCCACACAGGAGAGAAGCCGUAUGUGUGUCAAGACUGCGGGAAGGCAUUUGUUCAGAGCUCCUCCCUCACACAGCAUCAGAGAAUCCACACUGGAGAGAGGCCGUUUGAGUGUCCAGAGUGCGGGCGGACCUUCAAUGACCGCUCGGCCAUCUCCCAGCACCUGCGGACUCACACCGGAGCCAAGCCCUACCAGUGUCAGGACUGCGGUAAAGCCUUCCGCCAGAGCUCCCAUCUCAUCAGGCACCAGAGGACGCACACUGGGGAGCGCCCCUACACGUGCAACAAAUGCGGAAAGGCUUUCACCCAGAGCUCACAUCUCAUCGGGCAUCAGAAGACACACAGUAGGGUAAGAUGCAAGAAGAAACAGCCUGCCUCACAGCCGUCCAGCUGAGCCAGGCGAAGAUGUCGCCUCUUCAGCCUGACCCUGCCACGUAACACAAACGGGCCUGAACCGAAUAUGAAAGCAGCACUGAGUGAUGAUCUCAAAAGCAAAGGACAACCAAGGAGACCGCCCUGCACAGGAGUAAAAAAGAAAACUGGUGGGGGAGUUGUUGCUAAUGAAUAUAGGUUGGGAAAACAUUUUUCACUCACUUGAUUUGCUGGUCCAAUUUGGUCAUUAAAAAUGAUAACAGUAAAACUCGAAAAUGCUUAUAAUGUAAGUUUAAAAAGUCAGGUACCAAAAAGUCUGUGCACUGAUACUUUAUUUGUGGUAAAGUAUUUAUCCAUAUGGACAAGGCCUAAAAGAGAACAAGGAUAAAUAAACUGUAUAUUUCUGUGAUAGAA